UGCGCGGGCGGCGGCAUGAGGGGCAGCGAGCGGGCCGCGCCGGCGCUGCGGGCCCGGGGGCGGCUCUGGCCGCUGCUGGCCGUGCUGGCGGCCGCCGCGGCGGGGUGCGUCCGGGCAGCCAUGGACGAGUGCACGGACGAGGGCGGGCGGCUGCAGCGCUGCAUGCCCGAGUUCGUCAACGCCGCCUUCAACGUGACCGUGGUGGCCACCAACACGUGCGGGGCUCCGCCCGAAGAGUACUGUGUGCAGACCGGGGUGACCGGGGUCACCAAGUCCUGUCACCUGUGCGACGCCGGGCAGCCCCACCUGCAGCACGGGGCCGCCUUCCUGACCGACUACAACAACCAGGCCGACACCACCUGGUGGCAGAGUCAGACCAUGCUGGCCGGGGUGCAGUACCCCAACUCCAUCAACCUCACAUUGCACCUGGGAAAAGCUUUUGACAUCACCUAUGUGCGCCUCAAGUUCCACACGAGCCGCCCAGAGAGCUUUGCCAUUUACAAGCGAACUCGGGAAGAUGGGCCCUGGAUUCCUUACCAAUACUACAGCGGCUCCUGUGAGAACACCUAUUCCAAGGCAAACCGCGGCUUCAUCCGGACAGGAGGGGACGAGCAGCAGGCCUUGUGCACAGAUGAAUUCAGCGACAUUUCUCCUCUCACUGGGGGAAACGUGGCCUUUUCAACCCUAGAAGGAAGGCCCAGUGCCUACAACUUUGACAAUAGCCCUGUGUUGCAGGAAUGGGUAACUGCCACUGACAUCAGGGUCACUCUGAAUCGCCUCAACACUUUCGGAGAUGAAGUGUUUAAUGAUCCCAAAGUUCUCAAGUCCUAUUAUUAUGCUAUCUCGGAUUUUGCUGUGGGUGGCAGGUGUAAAUGUAAUGGACAUGCAAGUGAGUGUGGGAAGAAUGAAUUUGACAAGCUGGUGUGUAAUUGCAAACAUAAUACCUAUGGAGUAGACUGUGAAAAGUGCCUUCCCUUCUUCAACGACCGGCCGUGGAGGAGAGCAACUGCCGAGAGUGCCAAUGAAUGCCUGCCCUGUGACUGCAAUGGCCGAUCACAGGAAUGCUCCUUUGACUCUGAACUCUACCGUUCCACUGGCCAUGGUGGCCACUGUACCAACUGCCAGGAUAACACAGAUGGUGCCAAUUGUGAAAGGUGCCGAGAGAAUUUCUUCCGCCUUGGCAGCAAUGAAGUCUGCUCUCCAUGCCACUGUAGUCCUGUUGGCUCUCUCAGCACACAGUGUGACAGCUAUGGAAGAUGCAGCUGUAAGCCAGGGGUAAUGGGUGACAAGUGUGACCGUUGCCAGCCUGGAUUCCAUUCUCUCACUGAGGCAGGAUGCAGGCCAUGCUCUUGUAAUCCUUCCGGCACCAUAGAUGAAUGUAAUGUUGAAACAGGAAGAUGUGUCUGCAAAGACAAUGUUGAAGGCUUCAGUUGUGAGAGGUGCAAACCUGGAUUUUUUCAUCUGGAAUCAUCUAACCCUCGGGGUUGCACACCCUGCUUUUGCUUUGGGCAUUCUUCUGUCUGCACGAGUGCUGUCGGCUACAGUGCUUAUUCCAUCACCUCUACCUUUCACACUGAUGAGGACAGGUGGCGUGCAGAACAGAGGGACGGCUCUGAAACGUCACUUGAGUGGUCCUCUGAGAGGCAAGAUAUCGCCGUCAUCUCAGAUAGCUACUUUCCUAGGUACUUCAUUGCUCCUGAGAAGUUCUUGGGCAAGCAGGUGUUGAGUUAUGGACAGAACCUCUCUUUCUCCUUCCGAGUGGACAGGCGAGACACCCGCCUCUCUGCAGAAGACCUGGUGCUUGAGGGGGCCGGCCUAAGAGUGUCUGUGCCCUUGAUCGCGCAGGGCAACCCCUAUCCAAGUGAGACCACUGUGAAAUAUGUCUUUAGGCUCCAUGAAGCAACAGAUUACCCUUGGAGACCUACUCUCACACCUUUUGAAUUUCAGAAACUCCUCAACAACUUGACCUCUGUCAAGAUCCGUGGGACAUAUAGUGAGAGAAGUGCUGGGUAUUUGGAUGAUGUCACCUUAGCAAGUGCUCGUCCUGGGUCUGGGGUCCCUGCACCGUGGGUGGAGUCCUGCACCUGCCCUGUGGGAUAUGGAGGGCAGUUCUGUGAGAUGUGCCUCUCAGGCUACAGAAGAGAAACACCAAGUCUUGGACCGUACAGUCCCUGUGUGCUUUGUACCUGCAAUGGACACAGUGAGACCUGUGACCCAGAGACAGGCGUCUGCAGGUGCAGAGACAACACAGCUGGCCCCCACUGUGAAAAGUGUGGUGAUGGGUACUAUGGAGAUUCGACCAUGGGCACCUCCUCUGAUUGCCAACCCUGUCCCUGUCCUGGAGGCUCAAGCUGUGCUGUUGUCCCCAAGACAAAGGAGGUGGUAUGCACUAAUUGUCCUACUGGCACCACUGGUAAAAGGUGUGAGCUCUGCGAUGAUGGCUACUUCGGAGACCCUCUGGGUAGAAAUGGCCCCGUGCGGCUUUGUCGCCUGUGCCAGUGUAAUGACAACAUUGAUCCCAACGCAGUUGGAAAUUGCGAUCGCUUGACGGGAGAAUGCCUGAAAUGCAUCUAUAACACUGCUGGCUUCUAUUGUGACCGGUGCAAAGAUGGGUUUUUUGGAAAUCCCCUGGCUCCCAGUCCAGCAGACAAAUGCAAAGCCUGUGCUUGCAACCCGUAUGGUACCGUGAGGCAGCAGAGCAGCUGUAACCCUGUGACUGGGCAGUGCGAAUGUCUGCCUCAUGUGACAGGCAGGGACUGUGGCGCUUGUGAGCCUGGAUUCUAUAACCUGCAGAGCGGGCAAGGCUGCAAGAGGUGUGACUGCCAUGCUUUGGGUUCCACCAAUGGCCAGUGUGACAUCCAUAAUGGCCAGUGUGAGUGCCAGCCAGGUAUCACCGGUCAACGCUGUGAGCGGUGUGAGGUCAACCACUUUGGAUUUGGACGUGAAGGCUGCAAACCCUGUGACUGUCACCCUGAGGGGUCUCUUUCACUGCAGUGCAAAGAUGAUGGUCGCUGUGAAUGCAAAGAAGGCUUUGUGGGAAAUCGCUGUGACCAGUGUGAAGAGAACUAUUUCUACAAUCGGUCUUGGCCUGGCUGCCAGGAAUGUCCGGCCUGUUACCGGCUGGUAAAGGAUAAGGUUGCUGAUCACCGAGUGAAACUCCAGGAAUUAGAGCGUCUCAUAGCAGACCUUGGAACUGGGGAUGAAGUGGUGACAGAUCAAGCCUUUGAGGAUAGACUAAAGGAAGCAGAGAGAGAGGUGAUGGACCUUCUUCGUGAGGCCCAGGAUGUCAAAGAUGUAGACCAAAAUUUGAUGGAUCGCCUCCAGAGAGUGAAUAACACUCUGUCCAGCCAGAUUAGCCGUUUACAGAAUAUCCGGAAUAGCAUCGAAGAGACUGGGAAUUUGGCUGAACAAGCACGUACCCGGGUGGAGAGCACAGAGCGACUGAUUGAAAUUGCGACCAGGGAACUUGAGAAAGCCAAAGUCGCUGUUGCCAAUGUGUCAGUCACUCAACCAGAGUCUACGGGCGACCCAAACAACAUGACUCUUUUGGCAGAAGAGGCACGAAAGCUCGCUGAACGCCAUAAACAAGAAGCUGAUAACAUUGUACGAGUGGCGAAGACAGCCAGUGAUACGUCCACUGAGGCAUAUAAUCUGCUUUUGAAGACACUGGCAGGAGAAAAUCAAACAGCAUUUGAGAUCGAAGAUCUUAAUAGGAAAUAUGAACAAGCGAAGAACAUUUCACAGGAUCUAGAGAAGCAAGCUGCCCGAGUCCAUGAGGAGGCCAAAAGGGCUGGUGAUAAAGCUGUGGAGAUCUAUGCCAGUGUGACUCAGCUGACCCCUGUGGACUCAGAGGCACUGGAGAAUGAAGCAAAUAAAAUAAAGAAAGAAGCUGAGGAUUUGGACCGUCUGAUUGACCAGAAGCUGAAAGAUUAUGAGGACCUCCGAGAUGACAUGAGAGGGAAGGAGCUUGAAGUAAAGAACCUUUUGGAGAAAGGAAAGAUCGAACAGCAGACUGCCGAUCAGCUCCUAGCCCGAGCUGAUGCUGCCAAGGCUCUUGCUGAAGAAGCUGCUAAAAAGGGACGAAAUACCUUACAAGAAGCCAACGAUAUCCUCAACAACCUGAAAGAUUUCGAUAGACGAGUGAACGAUAACAAGACUGCCGCAGAGGAUGCACUGAGGAAGAUUCCGGCCAUCAACCAGACUAUCAGUGAAGCCAGUGAGAAGACGCGGGAAGCACAGCUGGCUCUAGGCAACGCGGCUGCGGAUGCUACGGAAGCUAAGAACAAGGCCCACGAGGCGGAGAAAAUCGCCAGUGCCGUCAAAAAGAACGCCACCAGUGCCAAAGCAGCAGCAGAAAGGACUUUUGCAGAGGUUACAGAUCUGGAUAGAGAGGUGAGCGAUAUGCUGAAACAACUGCAGGAAGCCGAAGAGGAGCUGAAGGCCAAACAAGGCGACGCUGACCAGGAUAUGAUGAUGGCAGGGAUGGCUUCACAGGCUGCUCAGGAAGCGGAAAUCAAUGCCAGAAAGGCCAAGAACUCCAUCACCAGCCUUCUCACCAUUAUUAAUGAACUCUUGGAGCAGCUGGGGCAGCUGGACACUGUGGACCUGAACAAGCUAAAUGAGAUUGAAGGCACCUUAAAUAAAGCCAAAGAUGAAAUGAAGUCCAGCGAUCUAGACAGGAAAGUGUCUGACCUGGAGAAUGAAGCCAAGAAGCAGGAGGCUGCCAUCAUGGACUACAACAGAGAUAUUGAGGAGAUAAUGAAGGACAUUCACAACCUGGAAGACAUCAAGAAGACCUUACCAUCUGGCUGCUUCAACACUCCGUCCAUUGAGAAGCCCUAGCGUCUUGCUUCAAGAGCUAGAAGGCAGCACCCCCCUUGACAGGGGAGCAGUUGUGAGGCCACAGAGUGCCUUAACACAAAGAUUACAUUUGUUCAGACCCCCACUUCUCUGCGACUCUCCCAUCACUGUCCUUUUGAACUAGGAAAAGUCACAAAGUUUAAGGAGAAGCAAAUUAAACAUCCUCAAUUGGGAACAAAGGGUUUUCUCUAGUAAAGUCUCUCGUCCACCAAAAUCCUUCCCUUACCCACACUUUCCCUUCUGAUAUGCGUACAGAUGUGGCACCCUGCAUUACUCUACAGUGGUGUAAACACAUCCCGUGAACCAUUGUAUGCCAGGGCAGAGCAAGUAGCUCUCCUCUCUCUCGUUGACACCAGCAGAACCUCCGCAGUCUCAGUACUCUUGUCUCUAUGAAGGAAAAGCUAGGCUACUAAUAGUAGCAUUGUGCUGGCCAGUAUAUCCAGUUGAUAGAGAAAGAAAACACAUCUGCCUCUCCUCCUGUCAAAGCAAAAGGAAAUAACCAUCCUGUGCCAAAGGUAUUUGAUAGUAAGAAUAUCGGUAGCCAUCUGUCAGUUGUUCUAGCUGUUCCGAGUGCAGGACGCUGAGCCAUCCACGAGUAAGGAUGCAGUUGUUCAUGACAGUCUCUAGGAAAACAUGAGACGACAGAAGUAGACUGAAGAUUUUCUUGUAUGUUAAUAAUUGAGUAGGAAGAUAAACUUUUUUCAGAUCUUUGGGCAGCUGAUAACUUAAAUCUGGACGAGCAGCUUACACUCACCAAUAAACCAAUAGACAUCUUUUUAUAUUCCUGUAAAUGGAAUUUAAAGAGAAGAAAUAGGGAUAUGAUAACCACUAAAGCCUUUUUCAAAAUCAAACUAAUUCUUAGAGCUUUUUUUAGUAUGUUAGUCUUGGAGCUAGUGUUAAGUUAUCUGCCAGAGAACAGUUGGUCCCUAAGGUCUUGACAAAACAAAAUAAAACACAGAUGGCCUUGUCCUAGCCUCUUCCUGCAGAGGGAAAAAAUUGAGGUCUAACUUGUAUUGUCAAGAUCCCAUAUAUCCAUUUUUCUUCUAUUGUAGAGAGAUGACACAUUGGGCCCUUAGCCCUGUUCUUCAUUUAAGGUUCCCAUCUUCUAGAAUCCCAUCAGAACACAUUGUUGUUCAUGAAAUCCUGGUGGUAAAUCAUUUGCACUGAGUAUUUCACACAGCUGCCAACACCUAUCUAGUUCCUGCACCUUAAGAUUUUAACCCACUCUAAACCUCUCUCAGUGUAGACGGAAGACCCUUCAUUGGAGUUUCCUAGUGGGCUUCUCAACUUUUGAUCCUCGGCUCUGUGGUUUUCUUCUAAGAUCACAGCGUGACAAUUCCCUGCCACACAUCCCCUUUCUCCUCCCAGCCGCCUUUGAGAUUCACGUAUAGCCUUUAACACUAUGCAACUUUGUACUUGUGCGUAGCGGGGGAAAGAAACUAUUAUCUGACACACUGGUGCUAUUAAUUAUUUCAAAUUUAUAUUUUUGUGUGAAAUUUUGUUUUUGUUUUAUCAUGAUUAUAGAGUAAGGAAUUUAUGUAAAUAUACUUGGUCCUAUUUCUAGAAUGGCAUUGACCACUUCUUUGCUCCAUUUUUCCUCUUCACUGGUGGAACCCACCUCUAUCCCUCCUUUCCUUCCAUCUAGAAUUCUUUGGAUUGUACUUGUUCCCCAGUACUUUGCUCUUCGCCUUGUGUUUGCAAGACCUCCAUUCUCUAAUACUAAUAUCAACCUGCUUUCCUCCACAUACAGCCACUAUAAAGAGGUACCUCAGACUCUCUUCCAUUGUAAAUCUGGUGAUCCCAAACUGCAGCAUAAAAUAUUGUCCUCAAGGCCUGUUCUAGAGCAGGAAGGCCGUUCUGACUGGAUAUGGCAAACUUAGGAAAUUUUGCUGAGGAGGAUCUUAGAUACCAUUGUGGUUCUAGCUAGGAAUGAGCUAGAAAUGCCCUUUCUGGAAAUUGUUUGAGGCUGAUUGGAUCAGUUUUAUAAGUGUGCAUAAUCACUGAGCAUUUGUAGGGCAUUGGGGACAGUGCUACAGAUGGGCAGACUGGGGGAAAUCGUGUAACUUCGUUCUUGAGUAACCCUUGUCCCUUUUCCAUUUCACUGGGGCAUGCCAGAGUUUACCAAAAAUGUUCUGACUUGGCAUAGCCCUAGCUUCGACUGUCUUACUUCUCUCAGGCCUGUUACACUACCACAGGAGGCAUGGGUUUUUUGCCAAGUCUUCACAUCAGUGUUUUCCUGGCUAGUUCCUUUUGUCAAGUGGCCACAUCCUAAUGUGUACAUUUGGGUCAAGAUUGCAGGAAAAGGACCGAAGACAGACUGCCAAGGUAGUUUUCCAUCCAACCUACGAGUCAUGUUCACUCCAGCAAGUCUUGGACCACUGUGUUUUGUUUUUUAGUUUUUUUCUUUUUGCUUUACUCUUCCAUUUGUAUGGUAUAUUUUUAAACAGAAUUUUAUUUUUAAAAUAAAAGUUCUUUGUAAGAUGAUACCUUAAUUACACUCCUGCAAUAUAGCCGUUAUUUUAUUGUAUAGUUCCAGUUACCUGUAUUUUAUGUAAUAAAACGGACAGGAUGGCUGCUGCAGAAUGCUGGGUGUCACAGGGAACGUACACUGCUCCUUUCCCUGGACUUUUUCCGUUUAAUCCCAACCGUGGCCCUUUUACAUGUGCCUUUACUUCAGCUGUUGCCUUAAUCUUUACAGUCUUGCUUCCCAGGGUGGUGAAUAAAAUGCAACACUUGGCAUUUUUUAUGUUAAAAAAAAAACAGUAUUUUAUUUAUAAUAAAAUCUGAAUAUUUGUAACCCUUUA